AUGACUGAAGUUUACCGAGCAGUUUCUAGUAUUAUCGUACGCCGAAUGCCGCUGAAUACUCAAAUUAAGACGUCAACAGUGCGAGAUUUGAGGAAUUAUAACCGUUUGCCAAACGAAACGCUGUACCUCCUUGUUCAGAAACCUCGACAGACGCAUGCAUGGCAAUUCCCUCAAGGUGGACAAGAUCCAGGCGAAACAGGUCUGGAGGCAGCCUUGCGGGAACUACGAGAAGAGUGUGGCUCACAGAUAAAAGUUGAUGUUGUGAACAGAAAUCCAUUAGGCAGUUAUAAAUACAAAUUUCCUUCAAACUUUAACAGAUGGGAUACUUCUGUUGGUGCCAACGUAAAGUUAUGUGAAGAAUACAGCAUUUUUAUUCAAAUACAAAAUAUUUAA